CGGGCCUCCGCCUGCUGCGCCCGAGCUCGGAGAGCCCGGGCACCGCGGCCGCCGACGCAGCCACGGUCCCGGUUCCUCAGUCCUGAGGCGCGCGCGGGCUCUCGGGUGACCCCAGAGGGGGCCGCGGGAGGGAGCGCGAGGCGGCGAAGGGCGGGCCGCACGCGUCCCCGGCCGCCCCCCGCGCGCGCGUGGCCGGGCCCAGAGAAGCCCCGGCGCGGGGAGCGCCGGCCCGGCGCGGGCGAGGGCGAUGCCGCGGUGACGGCCCCGCCAUGGCGAAGCCCCCGGCGGUGGCGGCUGCAGCGGCGGCGUCGGAGGAGCUGAGCCAGGUGCCGGACGAGGAACUGCUGCGCUGGAGCAAGGAGGAGCUGGCGCGGCGGCUGCGGCGCGCCGAGGGCGAGAAGGUGGGCCUCAUGCUGGAGCACGGCGGCCUGAUGCGCGACGUGAACCGGCGGCUGCAGCAGCACCUGCUGGAGAUCCGCGGCCUCAAGGACGUGAACCAGCGGCUGCAGGACGACAAUCAGGAGCUGCGUGAGCUCUGCUGUUUCCUGGACGACGACCGGCAGAAAGGGCGCAAGCUGGCGCGCGAGUGGCAGCGCUUCGGACGCCACGCGGCCGGCGCCGUGUGGCACGAGGUGGCCCGCUCGCAGCAGAAGCUACGGGAGCUCGAGGCACGCCAGGAGGCCCUGCUGCGCGAGAACCUGGAGCUGAAAGAGCUGGUGCUGUUGCUGGACGAGGAGCGCGCGGCGCUGGCGGCGGCGGGGGGCGCUGGCGGCGGCGGCGGCGGCGCGGGCUCCCGCAGCUCCAUCGACAGCCAGGCCAGCCUGAGCGGGCCCCUGGCGGGGAGCGCAGCGGGCUCGGGGGCCCGCGACGUUGGCGACGGCAGCAGCACGUCCAGUGCGGGCAGCGGCGGCAGCCCGGACCACCACCACCACGUCCCAGCGGCUCUGCUGCCCCCGGGGCCGCACAAGGGUCCGGACGGCAAGGCCGGAGCCACGCGCCGGUCCCUGGAUGACCUGUCAGCGCCGCCGCACCACCGAAGCAUCCCUAACGGCCUGCACGAUCCCUCGUCCACUUACAUCAGGCCAUUGGAGACCAAGGUGAAGCUGUUGGACGGUGACAAGCUCCCCCCACAGCAGGCAGGCUCCGGAGAAUUCCGUACCCUUCGGAAAGGCUUCUCCCCAUACCAUUCGGAAUCCCAGCUCGCAUCCCUGCCGCCCUCCUACCAAGAAGUCCUACAGAACGGCCCAGCCUGUCCCGUACCCGAGCUGCCCUCACCCCCAUCCACCGUCUACAGUUCGGCAGGACAGAAACCCGAGGCUGUCGUGCAUGCCAUGAAGGUUCUGGAAGUACAUGAGAACCUUGACCGGCAACUUCAAGACAGCUGUGAGGAGGACCUGAGUGAGAAGGAGAAGGCCAUAGUGCGAGAGAUGUGCAACGUGGUCUGGAGGAAACUGGGGGACGCCGCCAGCACCAAGCCCUCCAUCCGGCAGCACCUGUCUGGUAAUCAGUUCAAGGGGCCGUUGUAGGGCCGCUUCUCCGUGGACGUGGACUGGCCCUGCCUGGAGUCUGAGGCCUUAGACCUGGCAGAAACUCUGGCCCAGCCACCGUCUUUCUCCGUGGUGAAUUGUACAUAGGACACGGCCCACCCUGGCUGCCCUGGUGUGAUGCUGACAGCCAGGCCUCCACCUCCUGCCUCCCUCACCAGCAAACCUUGGGAAGACGAGAAGCCACUGCUCGCUUGCUCGCUCGCUGCAGCCAAGUGGCCAGGCAGCCUGGCUCCCCGUUUGAGCUCCAUGUUCUGUCAGCAAGAAGCCUCUGAGACUCCAAGCCAAGGGACUGUCUGGGAGGUGGCCUGCUCUUAGUAGAAGGUCCCUCAACAAGUAUUCUAACUCGCUGUCCCUUACACUGGACAGAUGCCACCGGAGCCUGAAUCCUGACACAGGUGGCGCUUUUCUGCUACCCGGCCAGAGCCAGGACCCUGGGUCACAGAGCAUUGGGCCCCGUGUGUCCAUGGCUGGCUGGGAGCUCAGGGUUCCCUGUCACCUGGGGGUCGGUGCCCAGCCACCCCAAAGCCAGCUUCUCCUCCUUAGUAUUCACUCCUUCAGUGACAUCUCCUCACCAAUGCCAGGCUUAGCCACUUUGUAGGUCUCUCCUGCCAGGCUUCCUUUUCUGGUUUUCAGCAACAUAGGAAAGUCCUGGAGAGUGUCUGGGCCAGGCUCAGCAUUCUCAAUGGGCAGGUAGAACUGGGCCAUUGCCCAGGGUCACUGUCAAUGUGAUGGACACCCCCCACCACGCCACCCCCGUGUGUUCUGGGUCACUACGGACAGAGCUACAGGAGCCACCCCUGAUCCCCUGAUGAGGUUUCCUCGGGAAGGAUGGGGCAUGCCUGGUUCUGGCUUUAAUUUGCUGUGUGGCCUUCAGCCAGCCACUCAGCUUCCCUGGGCCCCCAGCCGUUCCUUCUGCCUCUUGCUCACUCUAGAAACCACCCCAGUUUGGUGGACCUCUGUCCUCACAGUGGAAGAGCUCAUGUGGCAACCUACUGGGAACAUGUUAGGCCAGGCCAGCCUGUUUGUCAUACUGUCUCCUCACAGGUCACAUCUGAGCCUUAGCCCCUCCCUCCCUCCAAGGGACCUGUCCAGGGGUCAAAUGCGUGCUCAUGCCUCAGCCGGCAGGCAGCACAGAGCUGUCAGGGGCGUUCUCUAGCAUGGUUUGAGGAGAACGAGGUGCUUUUGUGAACCACGCAGAUGCUAUCUGUAGGAGGCCCUGGCCACACUUACAUCCACACCCAUCAGCUGUCCUCACGCAAUGGUACUUAGAGCCCCAUGCAGCAAGCCCAAAGAGCUUGUCCUUGCCUCAGGUCCCUCCCAAACCCUGUGAGCAGAGGGGACAGGCCAAGAAGGUGGGUGACAUCCUUGCUCCCCAACCAGCCCAGGCCCCGUAACCUUGGGUGGUACCCAGCACCUUUGCUGCCCACACCCUUGGGUCCCACACUCUCAGGGGAAAGGCCCAUGGCCCUCGGUGUGCCCAGGGAGUGUUGUGCAGGGGCUGUAGGGGACCGGCCUACUGCUCCGGCUGUUGGUGGCACUGGGAAGCUCUUUCUAGGAGCUGCUGUAUAGUCAAGCGAUAAAACUUGCAACUCCAUCUGCCAGCCCCAGCCGGUACUGGGUAUUUCUAAGUGGGCUGCUGGGCAGGCAAGACCCUUCCUGGUUCUUUGAAGUCAAGAAACCCCAGAAUAAUGUUGAGGUGUGUGGGCCCACACAAGGUGGGAGCCAAGUCAGAGAGUCCCAGUCACAUUUGUAUCAGGACAGUUCAGCCACCUCUGAAAUAAGCAAUAAGUAAGAGCUCUUGGAGUCUGAAGACAAGACAGACCCUGUCCCUAAUGCUGCAGGGCAUCCUGGGAAUCUAAAGAGAAUUUCUCACAGGCCCCUCUGCCCUUGUGCAGGCAGAGUGAGGCAAGCUAUACCCCAGCUCUCGGCAGUAGGCUGCCUUCCCUAGGACAGCCUGGGUCAUAUCUCAAACCUAACAGGAGAGGCCAGCAGCAACCCAGUUGAGCCCCACCCGGGCCAGGGAGGGCAGGUGGUCUUCUGUGACCCAUCCCUUCUGGAGCCUUAGCCUUUGCAGUGCUGACUCCACCCCAAGCUCACAAUAUGCUUGUGCUGGCUCCACCCCCACCCCCACUGUGACAGGUCACUUGGCCCCAUCUAGGGUGGCCUGGCCUUCCCUGGAGUCAGAAUCUGCUGAGCACAUCUUCAUUUGCGAUCAACAGCCACACGCCAGUGUUUCAAGACAAAGUGACCUUUCAUUUUUCUUUCUUGAAACUUGAGAGGAAGUGAGAUACAUACUACUGAUUUUUUUUUUUUUUAAAGAAACAAAAUGCAUGGCUGCAGAGUGGCAGAGGUGUCUAUUUUCAUACUGUGGGGGAAAGCGUGCUGCUUUUUGGGAGGGGCUGGAACGCCUGGUUUCUGCCCUAGGCCAGUCUUCUAUAGGAGUUGGUGGUGAGACCUGCAGCUGCCCCCUCCUGCCCUGGCCGUGUAGAGCUGGAGACUGUGCACUUCGGCUGUUUCUACCUUCUAUUGAACCACUUUGAUUUGUGGAGAGAGAAAACAAAUAGAACUUUUGAUAGUGUGGUAAAGGCAUUGAUUUGAACUAUUUUAGUAAAAGGAGUAACAUAUAAGAUUGUGACAGUGUCUACUUUGAACUAGAUAAUAAAGGCCUCUUUGUGAGCCUCGGA